AUGGCUAAACGCCUUUUGCCAUAUGUGACUUUUAACAACGGUGUAAAAUGUCCAAUUGUUGGGUUUGGGACAUCUUCGAUUAACAGCGAAGAUUGUUACAAUUGUGUGAAGGCUGCGAUAGAUAUUGGAUACAGACAUAUUGAUACUGCAUUUGUUUAUGAAAAUGAAAAAGAAGUUGGACAAGCCAUAAAUGAUAAAGUAAAAGAGGAUUUGUAUUUGAUUCAUACACCUUGGUCUACAAAACCACUUGUUGAGAGAGAGGUAUGUUUGGAAAGUCAAAUAGCCGAAGAUGGAAAAGAGAUCCAAGAUGAUAUUGAUCCGGUCGAAACUUGGCGUGGUAUGGAAGAGUGUGUGAGACUCGGUCUUGCACGGUGUAUUGGUUUGUCUAAUUUUAAUAAGGAGCAAACCCAAAAUAUUCUAAAUUCUUGUAAGAUCAAGCCUGUUACGAAUCAAGUUGAAUGUCAUCACUUGCUGAAUCAGGAAAAACUGAGAACAUACUGUGAAGAACACGGACUUAGUAUUACAGCGUAUAGAUCUCUAGGAGGUGCAAAAAAAAUUCAUGUUGUAUUGGGGGACGAAAAUAUCGAAAAACUUGCAGAAAAAUAUGAAAAAACUCCAGCGCAAAUCAUUAUUCGAUGGAUUAUUCAAAGGGGCAUUGUGGCCAUUCCUAAAUCUUCCAAUUUGAAAAGAAUUGAAGAAAAUUUCAACGUUUUUGAUUUUGAAAUUGAUGACACUGAUGUGGAUUUCAUAAUGAGUUUGAAUCAAGACCAAAGAUUUCUUGAAUAUCUUCCAAUGACAGAGUCAAAGUAUUUUCCAUUUAAGGAAGGUGUGGAAUAUUGA